AAUUAAAAAGAGGCUUUCGUGCAAAAUGUGGGAGAGCAAAGCUCUAUUUCUGACAGUAAUGGCCCUUGUACCUACGAUUUACUGCAGUAUCUAGGCAACCAGUAAAUUAGCAACCGAGCACACUUUUAUAAAUAGCAGCAGAAUAGGUAGAAGGAAAAAAGUUGUUCAGCAGUAAGAAAAACAGUUAGGCCGCCUUGAAUAAAGAUCUAAAUAAAACAAGACAUACAACAAUCUUCUGCAGCUAAGCAGGACGACCAGUGUAACACCAGCCAGAUCCAGGUGGAGGAGCGGAUUUUGAAGAUGCUCGUUCCAGUUCAUCACAACAUCACUGACAUUGUGCCAGAAUGCAUGUGUGGAACUACAGUGAUUCUUUCGCUCCUGUUGUGUCUCUUCAUGCUGGUGUGGAACUGUAAGGCUAAAGCAUCUAUACCAGGUCCCAUUUUCUGUAUGGGUAUUGGUGCACUCCUUUCAUAUGGCAGAUUUCUAUGGACAGGAAUAGGAAAUGCAAGCAACUACUACAAUGAAAAAUACGGAGAUAUGGUCAGGGUAUGGAUUGGUGGAAAAGAAACUCUCAUCUUAAGCAGAUCCUCUGCUGUGCAUCACGUACUGAAACAUGGAAAGUAUGCCACGCGAUUCGGAAACAAGCGUGGUCUGCAGUGUCUUGGCAUGAAUGACGGUGUUAUUUUUAACUGUGAUGUUACUCUUUGGAAGAAGUUACGCUCCUAUUUUGCUAAAGCUCUUACAGGUCCAACAUUGCAGAAAGCUGUAGCAGCCUGUAUUGAUUCCACUACCCUAUUCUUGAACAAGCUCCCUGAGAUGACCAAUCACUAUGGCCAGGUGGAUGUCUUAAUGCUACUCAGACUGAUCACUGUGGAUGUCUCCAACAGGCUAUUUCUGAAUGUUCCGAUGGAUGAAAAGGAAGUGGUGUCUAAAAUACAGCAGUACUUUAACACCUGGCAAGCACUACUUUUAAAGCCAGACAUUUUCUUCAUGUUCAAAUGGAUGUAUCAAAGACAUGAGGCUGCUGCACAGGAAUUACCAAAAGCUAUUGAUAAGCUCAUUGAGAAAAAGCGAAAGGCACUUCUAGAAGCUGAGAAAUUGGACGAUUACAUUGAUUUCACGUCAGAAUUAAUAUUUGCUCAGAGUCAUGGGGAGCUGUCUGCUGACAAUGUGAAGCAAUGUGUGCUAGAGAUGCUGAUAGCUGCACCUGACACCAUGUCGGUCACUUUGUUGUACAUGCUAAUGCUUAUUACCCAACACCCCGAGGUUGAGAGGAAACUGAUGGAGGAAAUUGACACUGUUAUAGGGGAAAAUGAAAUACAAAACAAAGACUUGCAAAAUUUAAAGGUCUUGGAAAACUUCAUCAAUGAGAGCCUGAGAUUCCAUCCAGUGGUGGAAUUCUCCAUGCGCAGAGCCAUUGAAGAUGAUGUCAUUGAAGGCUACACUGUGAGAAAGGGAACAAACAUCAUCCUGAACAUGGGUUGGAUGCAUAAAAUGGAAUUCUUUCUCAAACCACAUGAGUUCAGCCUGGAUAACUUUAAAAAAACUGUUCCCAGUCGGUUCUUCCAACCGUUCGGGUCUGGCCCUCGGUCCUGUAUAGGGAAGCACGCAGCUCUGGUGAUGAUGAAAGUGAUCCUGGUUACCCUUCUGAAGAGAUACACUGUCCAGCUUCAGAAAGGGUGCUCUUUAAAAACCAUGGAAACCAGCAACGAUCUGUCUCAGCACCCCAUCGAGACUCGAAACAAGCUGGACAUGAUUUUUAUUCCGAGACAAAAAACACAGUAAUGUUACUGUAUGUUAAACUGAAAAUUGCAAGACACAAUCUUUUAUUUUCCUACUGUUUGUUUGAUAUCACACUUUAAUCUAGGAAUGAGGUGUAGCACUAGUUAAUCUGGCUGUGCAGAGUGUUGGGUUUGCUCAAUUACAAUAAUGACAACAAAUAAAACAUUUCAUAAGGAGAAUAAAAUAUACAUUGUUAUUAUUCAAUCCAUAUAAAUUACACCAUUAAAAUAGUUACACACAAUAUGAUAAUUCCACAUACAACAAUGUCCUAUAGCUAAUAUUUAUGCUGCAUAUUAUGUUUUAUUUUAUAUUAAUAUUUUAUUACGUCCUACAAUAAAUUAUACAUCUCAAAAACAGUGUAUAGCAGAUCUUGUAAAAAAGUUUAAAAAAAUAAUGUUAAAGCUUUAUAAAAAGGUAUAGUGUGUAUCUUUCUAACAUACAAAUCGUGAUUCAUCCUCAUUUGAGUUUCUCAUAAGACUCUACAGUAGGAUUGCCUAAAGAGUUAUGUCUUUGUUAAUGUUCCUCCAUAACAGCAGAAUAUUGAUGCACAUGAAUUCGAAUGAAUUAUGGUGAUGGAUAUCCUUCUGGACUUGUUUGUCAUUAUGGAGUUUUGUAAGUGUUUUGUUUUUUGUUUUUUUUACAUGUUUUGGUUUUGAAUAUUACAUAAAUCCUGUUUGACUACUGCUCAACAAAUCUUAAAUCAAUCAUUUCUUGUAUUUUCUGGUGACACAUGUUUUCAAAAGAUCACACCUCACUGUAACUGUAGUCCAAGUGGACUAAUGCAAUAUUAACAGAAGGCCAUUGUACAAAUACAAAUUGCUAACAGUACUUAUUAAACAUGAAUACAUUGUCAAAAACCUAAAAACAAACAAGAUCAGUUUGGAUGGAUUUAUUUACUUAUUUAUUUUUGGGAAGGGGGUGGGGUCACUCUACUGGGCCCAGUUUUAAGUUCUGCCACACCUGUGUUUGCUUCUCUGUGCCAAUGUGUUUCAUUCUAGUGUCCAGGAUGAGAUGCAUCAUAAUGCUGCAUUACAAAAACAACGCACUGGGUUCUACUGAUCUGAACAGAAGCAGAGAGAAAUACUGCCCAGCAUCUCUAACACUUCCUGAGUCUCAGUUGUCGUUAAACGUUACAAAUUGCCAGGGUUGGUUCCAUCAUUCUAUCAUUUAGAUCCCUCUCAGUUUAGAUCCAUUACUGAAUUGACCCCACUGCCUUUUGGAUUACAUGAGAUGCUAUUCUCUCAUUCAGACAUCACCCUAUAGAAUUAACUCAUUUUGCUUCAUAAAGCUGAAUAGAAACAUGCAGAAUAAUGCUAUGUCAACAUACUGAAUUACAUAUCGCUUUGUAGUUUUCCAUAAACUUAACGAAAAACUGAUGACUGAACAACAAGACAUUUCAAAAAUCUAACAUUAAAUACCGUACUA